CAUCCCCGCGUCGACGCCGUCGUUUCGCGUACCUGUGCCGGUCCUCAGUUGCGUCGCGACGCUCGCCAUGAACAGGUCAUGUGACCCGGCCAGCCGUCGAUAUCAUAGGUCCACUGAUGGAUGUGCUGUGAGCGGCGGGUGAUUUUUUCAGCGCGGACUCGCGUUUUCAGUUUUUUCCCCGAGUGAUGGGACUGUUCUAAACAGGGAAAGAGUUAAUCAACGAAUGAUGCGCCGCCGGAAAAACUCCAGUUUGGGAUUCCUGAAGUGACCGACUCCGGGUAAUCGACGCCGCCAUGUUAGGGGCAACACCGGAUUUCACGUGCAGCUAAUAUGUUCUUAUUGGCUGCCGUCUUAUUGCUACUAAGUGCCGGAUUAGCAGGUUCGAUGCCCGGUGGUCCCGGGGUCCCAGAGAACAUCACCGUAACUUUCCUAAAUCCCACUUCCGUCAAAGUGUCGUGGUCUACAUCCGUCGAAAAUGUGGAUAAGUACGACGUCACGUACAAACCGACCGACGCCAGUUACAGAGUGGUGGCGGUGGUUGCGGGAAAUUCCGAUGCUGUGACCUUGAGCGGCCUAAAAGCGGACACUCAGUAUCAACUGACGGUCGCCGCCGUUUGGGGCGGCAAAAAGUACAGAAGCAGGCCAAUCGUCUUCCGCACACUGGGGAAAAAGACACAUGGUGGACUGUGCGUAGAGCUUAUGUGUGUUCCAGAGCCACCGCGGUCGUCCCCCCAACAGGACCCCAUGGCGACGCUUCCGUCGGACUCCCCGGCGACGAGGGAUGAUUCAGAGUCCGACGACCUACCAGAUUACACUUAUCCCCAAACGAGUUCCACUGUGAGAGGUGUCGAAAUAGGUAUAGUCCUCUUGGUCCUCCUGGUCUGGGUGGCGGCGAUAGCGCUGUUCUUCAACAGAUGGGGCAAAAUCCGCAUGCUGCUUCCUUAUCAGCCGGAUUACAAGCAGGAGCAGCUCAAGGUGCCGGGGACGGCAGCCUGUGCGGCGGCGGUUGCCUCUGGCAACACCUGCACACAUCACUCCGGCGAUCACCUCUGCCAACAGAGCGAAGAAACGGAGGAAGCCGAAAUGGCUUCGCUUCCUUUUAACGACAUCAUUAACAAUAACAGACCGUGUCCUCCGCAGCCACGUAAGCCACACCGUCCCCGCAUAAACUCGGCCAUUUUCGUGUCCAACAGCGGUCCGGGUCUCGACCCUAAGGAAUUUUUCAGACGUCAUGGUUCCGUCUCUAGGCUUUGCCGCAAGGCAAGGAGUGUCGACAAUAUAUCUCUUGAGGAAAACCACUUCGGAUUGCCUACAUUGUCGGUGUCCGGGCCGUCGCCUCCCGAAGACGAAGAGAGAGAGGAGGUGCAAGAGACCCAGAAGUUUCUCGAGUAAAGCACAAAGGAGGGAGAUUUCGUCGUUGUUUUGAGGAAUAUGUGGACACUUCCAGUUCCAAGCACUUCUUUCAGUGUACAUAACGGUUCGUUUUAGAGAGCAAUAAAACGGAUAGUGUUUUUUUAGAGACGAAUCGGUGCCAAUGUGUGAAGUGACUGAUGCUCUUUGGACCGCUUCAUAAACUUGUGUUAGGGUUUUAGAACUUUGUCAUUAGGGUUAGAAUCGACUGUACUGACUACUACGAGCUUUGUGCGAACACCGACCUUCAUGCGUGGAGAAUACUAAUUACUUUACAUAUCGGAGAUCCGAAUUUUUCACUUUGACGACAAAGAAAUUAUAUUUAGAGAAACGGGACCAAAGUCGAUUCAUAUGAGCUUUAAAAAGUAUUUAGAUGGUGGAUGAAGGGGUGUUCGUACAAUUUCUACAUUUUUCAAUAGCUUUAAAUACUAUAGGGGUUAGUUAAGAGGUCCAACACUGCUACUUUCAAACCCUGAUGAGGUGAAACGGUAAUCCGAUGGGUUUUUUCAAUUAAUACACCAAACAGUCAAUACGAACAUCGGAUUACUUCCAAAUUUUCUAAAUUUAUAUAAAUUGAUGGCUUUUUAUUAACUUUCAAUUAGCUAUGAUCAAACUGGAUUUUACCACUUGCCUGUAUCAACGAUCACUUGCUCAAAACUCUAAAUGUCACCACUAGAGAAAUUAUUUUGACGAUGAUAACUGUAACUUUUAUACGUAGAAUGUACUUCCUAACCGUUUGUUGUUAUGUGGUUUGUUUCUCAUUGGUUUCUAAAGGCGGCUUUCCACUCGACAGUGGAACGCCGUCUGAACAGGCAUUUCAGUUUUAGACCGUCACAAAAUACCCAACAUUAUUUUUAAUCUUAUUAAAAGACUUUACUAGUUUUAUGUCCGCUCAUUAACCUGUCCGUGUACCCUAAAAAACGAGAAAACCACCCCGUCUCUGAGAAAAUUACACCCCGUGAAAUGCCUGCCCAUAUUCCUCGUCUCGUUUAUGUCAUCGUUGUGUUUCAUUAAGUCUAUCUUUUUUACGACUGUAAAGAUAAUCGUUGUAUACUAACUGUUCAUGUGUAUAUAUCAUCUUUCAUUUACUUGAUAUCGAUUGGCUUUGUAACGAUGGGUCCAAACUGACUUGAUAGAACCCAACCUACUUUAUUUCCAUCACUGUGAUUUUAAUGCCUUCUACAACCUCUACGCGCCAUCUGAUUUCUUUUGUAUGACACUCUGUCGAGGUAAAGGGUCUUGUAAGCGCUGUACAUAAAUUUACCACUGAUUUCUUUGUGUAACGCAAUAAAUUAUACCUACUCA